UUUGUCGUGUGUAAAUUGUUUUGGAUUGGACUGGCGAGUUUUACAACUUGCUCUUUUUAUCAAGACUAUAUCUAUUUAAAAACUGUCAUUGUUUUAUCCAUGUAGAAUCAGUGCCAAUAAAUAGACCACAACGUUAGAAAUGUUCGUUACAACAGCUAAAUAUUAUUUCCAGAAAUGAUAAAGCAAUCUCUUAAAUUUCGGAAAAUAAUCUCUACCGUAUGUUUUGUGGCCCUUUUAAUAAUAAUAUACCUCAUAAGUAGAAAAAAUACAGAGAUUAUUGAUGGCCAGCGAACAGUUCAAGAACCAAGGAAGGAUAGGUUAGUCUAUCAAAAAGUCGUAAUGGAGCCAUCUGAAAAGAAUCCAGCUGAUGAGAAAAUGAAACAAGAUCUGUUAGAAGCAAGAGCAAGGAUAGAACAUUUAGAAAAAAAAAUUGCUAUUCUAGAAGGAAGGAUACCACAGAAAUAUCCUGACGUUAAAUACUUAGGGUACAAAGAGAGGAAAAGGAUAUUGGUAACAGGUGGUGCAGGUUUUGUAGGAUCUCACCUCGUUGAUAUUCUAAUGAUGCGAGGGCAUGAAGUCAUUGUAGUAGACAAUUUCUUCACUGGCCGCAAAAGAAAUGUGGAGCAUUGGUUUGGUCAUCGAAACUUCGAGAUGAUCCACCAUGACAUUGUUAAUCCUCUUUAUGUUGAGGCAGAUGAAAUAUAUCACUUAGCUAGUCCUGCAAGCCCACCUCAUUAUAUGCAGAAUCCUGUAAAAACUAUUAAAACUAACACCGUAGGCACAAUAAAUAUGUUAGGGCUCGCGCGGCGAGUAGGAGCCAGAAUCCUUAUAGCUAGUACAUCCGAAGUGUAUGGCGACCCCAUGGUGCAUCCCCAGCCUGAGUCAUACUGGGGUCAUGUUAAUCCUAUAGGUCCUCGGGCGUGUUAUGAUGAAGGCAAGCGGGUGGCGGAGACUCUAGCCUACUCCUACGCCAAACAAGAGAACGUUUCAGUCAGAGUGGCUCGUAUUUUCAACACGUACGGGCCAAGGAUGCAUGUCUCUGAUGGACGAGUCGUCUCCAAUUUUAUUAUGCAAGCACUGCAGAAUUUGACUAUAACUGUAUACGGCAAUGGGAAGCAGACUCGUUCAUUUUGCUACGUAUCUGAUCUUGUUGAUGGCCUCCUGUCUCUAAUGGCAUCCAGUUAUACCUUGCCGGUUAACAUCGGAAAUCCCGUAGAACAUACUAUAGAAGAAUUCGCGAUGAUCAUCAAGAACCUAGUCCCGGGCUGCCGCAGCACGGUGUCGACGGGCGCGGCCGUGGAGGACGACCCGCAGCGCCGCCGGCCCGACAUCGCCGUCGCGGAGGCACAGCUCGGGUGGACGCCAAAGGUUUCACUACAAGAUGGACUUCAGAAAACAAUAGACUACUUCAAAGAGGAAUUAUCAAGAACGACGUUUUUAAAUAACCAAACUUACAUGGACGUUAACGCGAGAAAACCUUAAUUAAAAAUAAGUGUGAUAUUAGGUUUUAGACAAUUUAAAGAAGAGUACAUACGAGUAAAUAACAAAAUUGUUCUUGUUCCUUUUUUAAAGCUUAUUAUUGCAUUUUAUUUAUUGCUUGGCAGUGUUUUCGUUGUUGACGACCAAAGUGUUACUGAAUCGGGAUCGGUUGUAAGUAACCCACUUUGUGACAAAAUGAACCAGUGUCCAUUUUGCUUUUCAUCUUGCGAUUAGAUUUUAAAUCUUAUUUCAUUUAAUGAUAAAAAUACAUCCUUAAAGGCGAUCCAAAAGUUAUUUUGUUUUAAGAUUGACAUAUUGUUUUGUUUUUUAUAUUAUACUAUAAUAAUACUGCCAUGAACAGGAUGGAAGUUUUGUCAUGCUGUGUUCAAAUGUUAAAUAAAAAAUGUAUAUAUUA